UGUCCUUGUUGAGUGAACCACACUCGAGCCCGAGUUAGUUCAGGUUGAGUGCCGGGAUAGGAAAAAGUGUUCCAGACACGAGGAGUUAUAGCAAAAGUUAUGUUAAAGCUAACAAUCAGUUCUCACUGUUGGACACCAGAAAGAAUAUCAAAACAAUAAAAAUUUGGAUAACCUGUACAAGGGCAGUAACGACUUCGUUUUGAACACUCAUGGUACAUCCCUGGGCAUGCCUCAGGCGUGAAUUCUGACAUCUGAAACGAGGUGCUAAAGGUUAACCCAUCAGGGUUUGUUACUUUGCACUCCAAGCCCAAUUGACCACACAUUGAAUUGGCAAUAGACAAGGCAUAAAAAAAUGACAGCAGUUUGGAUGUGUCAACCAGUAUGCCCUUCGACUCUCAACUCGGCCAUAAGCAAUAUCAAUUAGGCUUGCAUGUCAUCUCAGCUUCUUGAGUAUCUGAUUACAUUAUUAUCCAAGAAGAAGAACAUUGUUGAAGUAAAUGUUGAAAACAGUUCAACCCCCCUUCUCACACAAAUACUACAAGUCGCUCGAGACAUUCAGCACGCCACCUAUGAACAUCUCGCACAAAAACAACAAGUCGUUCAAGAAAUUCAGCACGCCACCUAUGAACAUCUCCCACAAAUACUACAAGUCGCUCAAGAUUCAGCACGCCACCUAUGAACAUCUCCUACAAAUACUACAAGUCGCUCAAGAAAUUCAGCACGCCACCUUUGAACAUCUCCCACAAAUACUACAAGUCGUUCAAGAAUUUCAGCACGCCACCUAUGAACAUCUCCCACAAAUACUACAAGUUGCUCAAGAAAUUCAGCACGCCAUGUAUGAACAUCUCGCACAAAUACUACAAGUUGUUUAAAAAUUUGGCAGGCCACGUAUGAACAUCUCCCAGAAAUACUACAAGUCGUUCAAGAUUCAGCACGCCACCUAUGAACAUCUCGCACAAAUACUACAAGUCGCUCAAGAAAUUCAGCAUGCCACCUAUGAACAUCUCCCACAAAUACUACAAGUCGCUCAAGAAAUUCAGCACGCCACCUAUAAACAUCUCCCACAAAUACUACAAGUCGCUCAAGAAAUUCAGCACGCCACCUAUGAACAUCUUCCAAUACUACAAGUCGCUCAAGAAAUUCAGCAUGCCACCUAUGACCAUCUCGCACAAAUACUACAUGUCUCUCAAGAAAUUCAGCACGCCACCUAUGAACAUCUCCAACAAAUACUACAAGUCGCUCAAGAAAUUCAGCACGCCACCUAUGAACAUCUUCCAAUACUACAAGUCGCUCAAGAAAUUCAGCAUGCCACCUAUGACCAUCUCGCACAAAUACUACAUGUCGGUCAAGAAAUUCUGCACGCCACCUAUGAACAUCUCCCACAAAUACUACAAGUCGCUCAAGAAAUUCAGCACGCCACCUAUGACCAUCUCGCACAAAUACUACAUGUCGGUCAAGAAAUUCUGCACGCCACCUAUGAACAUCUCCAACAAAUACUACAUGUCCCUCAAGAAAUUCAGCACGCCACCUAUGAACAUCUCCCACAAAUACUACAAGUCGUUCAAGAAUUUCAGCACGCCACCUAUGAACAUCUCCCACAAAUACUACAAGUUGCUCAAGAAAUUCAGCACGCCACGUAUGAACAUCUCGCACAAAUACUACAAGUUGUUUAAAAAAUUUGGCAGGCCACGUAUGAACAUCUCCCAGAAAUACUACAAGUCGCUCAAGAUUCAGCACGCCACCUAUGAACAUCUCGCACAAAUACUACAAGUCGCUCAAGAAAUUCAGCACGCCACCUAUGAAAAUCUCCCACAAAUACCACAAGUCGUUUAAGAAAUUCAGCACGCCACUUAUGAACAUCUCCCACAAAUACUACAAGUCGUUCAAGCAAUUCAGCACGCCACCUAUGAACAUCUCACAAAUACUACAAGUCACUCAAGAAAUUCAGCACGCCACCUAUGAACAUCUCCCACAAAUAAUACAAGUUGUUCAAGACAUUCAGCACGCCACGUAUGAUCAUCCCCUUGAAAUACUACAAGUCUUCAACAAAUUCAGCACGUCACCUAUGAACAUCUCACAAAUACUAUAAGUCGCUCAAGAAAAUCAGCACUCCAGGUAUUAACAUCUUGCACAAAUACUACAAGUCGCUCAAGCAAUUCAGCGUGUCACCUAUGAACAUCUUGCAUGGCGGCUUGGUGAGUCUGACUUCUGUCUUGACAAGUCACUCAAGAUAAAAUAAUCGAAUCUAACAGACAGAGCAGGUGCUGAGUGACUCGUCUGUUAACUUGACUGACCUCAAUACGUUGCUCUCGAAUAAUGAGAACCUGACGCACGAGGAACAGUGCUGUCCAACAUUCCCAGUUUUUGGUUGGCGACUUCACUGUCGGGACUCACACAAUCUCUUCCUAUGGCCCUGCUGCAGCAGCAGCAAUAAAAACAGUUCUUACAGGACCCCAUACAAUCACAGUUUGGUACUCAUCUGAAUUACCGGCUCUCUGGUGAGCUGGAGCUGGACGCCCAAGGACAAUUCCCGAGUAUAGGCGUCGAGCUCCUGGGCCAGGAAUUCGGGGCAAAGCUCAACGAGUCCUACCCCCAGGGUACAGCCACUCUAACCUUGGGGCUCCACACUUCCCUGCUCAGGGGCAGAGAUUAUCUCAUCAACAAGGACAACAUGUCAAUGAACAAGGCACCUUUCUCUGAAAACCUUGCCGAGCUAAUGAACAGUGCAACUGCGCCAUAUGUGACCCUUCAGAGAAUGGAAUUCCUAGCCAAAUAUCUAAUCGGUGCCAAUCUGGGCUCCAGCAGCAACCUCAGCCAUGGGGGACAGGUUUAUGAAGCACCCUGAACUUCUCAAUCUCACAGCAACAGUAGAUCAACAUGACCUGAAAGCGGUUCGUGUUCAGUGUCUAACAAUAGUCUAAUGACCAAGCCACGUCAGCAAAGCAGCAAUAACAGCAGUCAAGAAAGGUCGAGGAUCAUCCAAAAGCACUUGGUGCCUAGCGAUGAUUUUUCUGCUACCAACUUGACCUGGUUAUUGUACUCACGUGGGAGUCAGGUUCAAGGUCACAUAAGGUUUAAAGGCUUAAAUCAGCAUAUAUGGUCAUGGUAGUAAGAAAAUUUAAGAUAAUAAAGGGACUUGUUGACCAACUCGAUGACCAAGUUAUUUAAUAUUGUUCCAAAUGUAUCUUUAAAGGAAAUGACUGCAAUACAGGGCAUCAUAAGAAAAUCUACAUACUUUCCCCUUUAAAUGUGUAAAAUUAACAAUAAACAAAAUGCUACAAAACAGGCAUUUACAAGAACAUCUUUGAACAUUUUCUUUUAAAUAUUGCUCAAUAUUUCUCAGUGAACAAAAUGUAUGCAGAAAGAAAACCUUUGUCUCUAUAAAGAUUGCUCAAUAUGUUUUUACUGCAAACGGAUUUA